AUGCCCCUCCGGAAGGAGGGCGAGAUUUAUGCCCGUCUCUCGCAAAAGGAGGUCGUGCGACCCAAGGCGGUGGACUGGGACCUUUUGAACGAGUUGGGUAUCCUGGAGGACGUCAUGAAGUACCUCAGGGUCUUGAACUUAACUGACUACGCUAAGAUUGAGGAGCGGUCGUACCGGACCCUUAUGCUUGAGUUCUACAGUUCUUUCGUUCUCGCCGAUGGGAACGACUUCUUCACUUGUCGGCUUAAGGGACAAGAACUCGUGGUGGACAAUGCCGUGAUGAAGGCGGUUUGCGGGUUCAACUUCGCCGGUACACGAAGCAAAGCCGCCGAUUUUGAUCCCCUGAAGAGUUGGGCCGCACUCUCCCCGCAUACGACGUGGGAUUCCGCUGGUAUGUCCAACGGGCUUAUCCAGGACCUGGCCACUGCCGUUGUGCACCGGUUCAUUUGCUACAAUAUCACCGGCAAAAAGGAAGCGAACAAAGUCAGUGAGGGUGAGCUUUUUCUCCUCUGGGCGAUGCGGUCGGGAGUCCGAGUGUGUUCCAUGACCUUCCUUCAGAACUCUUUCCAGGAGAUUGCCCUUUCCAAGCGUGGACUACCGGCGCUCGGACAUUUCGUUACCGCGCUCGCUCGCCACUUCGACGUCACUCCAGAAGCAUACCGAUUACAUGGGGAAAUGGCGCUUCAAGACAAGUCUGAGAUGCGGUGUAUCAACUUUAAUGAGCUCAAGCAGGCUGAUCUUAUUCUGACCCGGCGGAUAGCUAAGGAGUAUACAAAACGUACUGCCUACGAGACCUAUUUCAAAAAGCUCCAGCAGGCAGAUGAAUAUCGACGAGGACCACUUACUUCCACCUCCACCCGACUGGACGCCGGCGCCGAACUUUCACCCGGAGAUGCCCCCGCAGCAGCCGCCGGAAUGGUGGUCCACUUUUCAGACUCAGUACACCGCCGACAUCCGCUCGAUCCACGAUCGCUUUGA